AUGAUGAUGACUGGCCGAGUGCUGCUGGUGUGUGCCCUCUGCGUGCUGUGGUGCGGUGCCGGCGGUGGUGAACCAUCUGAAACACCUUCUCCAGCUCCUCCGGAUACACCGCACGAAAAGAACCCUCAAAAAGAAGAAGAGACCUUCGUUGGCACUGGACAAGGUGUCAAAAAUGAUGAACCGGAAAUACCACAAGCACCUGCACCAAAGGCGUCAGAAUCACCGGUAGUGUCAGCGGAAUCAUUACAGGCACAACAAUCCGGAGGAGGAGCAUCAGUAACGGCAAGUGCAACGACGGACAACAAGGAUCAAAAUGCAAAAGAAGAUAAAAAGGAGGAAGAAGCUAAGGAUGACGACGAAGACGAAGAAGAGGAAGAGGAAGAAGAGGAAAAAGAAGAUCGUGACAGUAUACCUGAUGGUCGUGAAGAGGAGACGGAAGUAAUAAUAUCAGAGCAAGAGACAGAACAAGACAAAAAAAACGCAGGUAAUCAGGCACCAACGGAGACACCUGGAGGUCCAACCAAUAACGAAGAAAUAAAAACAGCAACAACGCAAGUGAAUGGACAGCCCAGCCCUGAGGAUUUAGGGGAUGUGAAACAAUCAGAAGAAGUCCAAGGCGAAAAGGACUCAAACCACAAUCCACAAACAAAGAGCGUUGCCUCCAUCGCAGCCAAACAACAGAAUGAACCAUCUGCCGACCAUGAAGAAUCCAGGCCACCUUCACCCACGGCAAACGGUGAUGCCGCCAAUAAAGAUUUUGACAAGAGCACUAAAGACGGCAUCCCGAGCAAUCAUCCAGCAGCUGAUGUUGCAGGGACGGCAGAGGGAAAACAAAAUGAAAAUAAAGAUGCCAAUCCGAAAGAAACACCGGUGACGGCCACAGCCAUGAAAACUGCACGGGAGACGACUGGCGAGAGUGACGGCAGCACCGCGGUCUCCCACACCACCUCCCCUCUUUUGCUUCUUGUUCUUGUUGCGUGUGCGGCUGCGGCUGCGGUGGUGGCCGCGUGA